AUGUGUUUCACGCCCGAAAGACCACCGACACAUCCACCAGACGACAGGCUAGUCGUGGACUACUGUUGUACAGCUGCUGCUGACGCGUCGUAUCCACAGCCGCGUUAUCGGCGAGAAUUGAAAACGGAGAAAAUAAUAUUACGUUCAACGAUGAAAACAGGGAGCGGAAGACACGUUCGUGGUCGUCGACCGGAUGGGACGCUGCUGUCUUAUGUCUUCUGUCGAUAUCUUAUUGUCUCGUCGUUUCGAUGGCGAACAGCCGUCGACAGCGCACACCGAGCGUUGACUAGGGCACUGCGACGCGUAAAAUUGUGA